CUUCUUCAAUUCGUGUUGUUUACAUGAAGACAAACAUGCUUAAUUAAUUAAAAUUUUAAACAAUUCUGACAUUUUAAGCUUGUGUAAGAGAUUUCAAGUUUGCUGAUAAGUUUUAAAUUAUCACCAAUCUUCAACAAAUGGCGGCAACUGCCCCAAGUGCCCUGGUGAGCCAGAAGAAGAAACAUUUUAUUGGUGUGCCUGCACCUCUUGGAUAUGUUGCUGGUGUAGGCAGAGGAGCUACUGGUUUCACUACACGUUCUGAUAUUGGUCCAGCAAGAGAUGCAAGUGAUGUUCCAGAUGAUCGCCAUGCUCCUCCUAACAAGAGGAAAAAAAUGCAACAAAAGGAUGAAGAAGAGGAUGAUGAUGAAGAUUUGAAUGAUUCAAAUUAUGACGAGUUUGCUGGAUAUGGCGGAAGUCUUUUUAGUAAGGAUCCAUAUGAUAAAGAUGACGAGGAAGCUGAUGCCAUCUAUGAAGCGAUUGAUAAAAGAAUGGAUGAAAAAAGAAAAGAAUACAGAGAAAUGAAAUUAAAAGUAGAAUUGGAGAAGUAUCGUCAAGAACGGCCAAAAAUUCAGAUGCAGUUUUCGGAUUUGAAAAGAGAUCUGGCUGAUGUUAGUGAAGAUGAAUGGAAGAACAUUCCUGAAGUGGGAGAUGCUCGUAAUAAACGUCAAAGGAAUCCUAGACCAGAAAAGUACACUCCAGUGCCUGAUUCCAUCCUGGCAAAAGCUGGAAUUGGUGGAGAAUCCUCCCUUGAUCCUCUUCAGCAAGGCUAUGGUGGUGGAUUGAUGACUCCUUAUCCUGGUGCUAAUACUCCUGGUGGUAUAAUGACCCCUGGUUGGGCCACUUCUAGCAUGGAUUUGGAUCUCAGAAAAAUUGGGCAGGCCAGAAAUGCUCUCAUGGACAUAAAACUGAAUCAAGUUUCUGAUUCUGUUAGUGGUCAGACUGUAAUUGAUCCGAAAGGUUAUCUUACUGAUUUGCAGUCUAUGAUACCAAUGCAUGGUGCCGAUAUUAGUGACAUCAAAAAGGCUAGACUGUUGCUGAAAAGUGUAAGAGAGACAAAUCCAAAUCAUCCCCCAGCUUGGAUUGCAUCUGCCCGCCUGGAGGAAGUCACAGGAAAACUGCAGACGGCUAGAAAUCUAAUCAUGAAAGGAUGUGAAAUGUGCCCCAAAUCAGAGGAUGUCUGGUUGGAAGCAGCACGCUUACAGCCUUCGGAUUUAGCUAAAGGUGUGAUCUCUCAAGCACUUCGCCAUAUACCCCUCUCAGUCAGGGCUUGGAUCAAAGCUGCAGAUUUGGAAACAGAACUAAAAUCAAAGAAAAAAGUGUUCAAAAAGGCUUUAGGUCACAUUCCAAAUUCUGUUCGCUUGUGGAAAGCUGCUGUUGAAUUAGAGGAUGCUGAAGAUGCCAGAAUUCUGUUGAGCAGGGCUGUCGAGUGCUGUCCGACCAAUACGGACCUUUGGCUUGCAUUGGCGAGAUUGGAGACCUAUGAAAAUGCUCGUAAAGUUCUAAACAAAGCACGUGAGAACAUUCCCACAGAUCGCCUGAUCUGGAUAACUGCAGCGAAAUUAGAAGAAGCAAAUGGAAAUAGUAGGAUGGUGGAAAAAAUUGUUGAUCGUGCCGUGACUUCUCUGCGUGCCAAUGGCGUGGAAAUCAACCGCGAGCAGUGGCUCAAUGAUGCUGUUGAAUGUGAAAAGGCUGAAUCAGUGCUCACUUGUCAAGCUAUUGUAAGAACUGUUAUUGGAAUUGGUGUUGAAGAUGAAGACAGGAAGCAUGCAUGGAUGGAAGAUGCUGAUACAUGUGCUACACAAGGAGCAUAUGAAUGUGCAAGAGCUAUAUAUGCCCAUGCUCUAUCCAUGUUCCCGAGCAAGAAGAGCAUUUGGCUAAGAGCUGCAUACUUUGAAAAGAAUCAUGGUUCAAGAGAAUCAUUGGAAGCCCUUCUACAAAGAGCUGUAGCUCACUGUCCCAAAGCUGAAGUCUUGUGGUUGAUGGGGGCAAAAUCAAAAUGGCUUGCUGGAGAUGUUCCAGCUGCUCGUAGUAUCUUGUCAUUGGCCUUUCAAGCCAAUCCAAAUAGUGAAGAAAUUUGGCUUGCUGCUGUCAAACUGGAGAGUGAGAACAAUGAAUAUGAGAGAGCUCGACGGCUGUUGGCCAAGGCCAGGGCUAGUGCGCCUACAGCCAGAGUGAUUAUGAAGUCAGUGCGUCUUGAAUGGGCCUUGGGAGACCUGAAAAAAGCAAACAUUUUGUUAGAUGAAGGAAUUAAGCAGUAUCCUGAUUUCUCUAAAUUGUGGAUGAUGCGAGGGCAGAUAUUAGAACAGGAGAAUAAAGUGAAUGAAGCCAGAGAUGUGUACAACCUUGGUAUUAAAAAGUGCCCAAGUUCCAUACCCUUGUGGCUUCUUUUAUCCCAGUUGGAAGAGAGGAAUGGUGCUCUAAUUAAGGCACGUUCAGUUCUGGAAAAAGCUCGCUUAAAAAACCCAAAGAACCCACAACUGUUGUUGGAGUCCAUAAGAGUAGAAUUAAGGGCUGGUCUAAAAGACAUAGCUUUAAAUUUGAUGGCAAAAGCAAUGCAAGAUUGUGCCAACAGUGGUAUCUUAUGGGCAGAAGCCAUCUUUCUGGAACCUCGACCACAACGGAAAACCAAGAGUGUUGAUGCCUUGAAGAGAUGUGAACAUGAUCCUCAUGUUCUCUUAGCAGUUUCAAAGUUAUUCUGGUCAGAGAGGAAAACAAGCAAGGCGAGAGAAUGGUUCAACAAGGCAGUAAAAAUUGAUCCUGACUUGGGGGAUGCUUGGGCCUACUAUUAUAAAUUUGAAUUGAUUCACGGAACUGAAGAUCAGCAAGAAGAUGUGAAGAAGCGAUGUGUGCACGCUGAACCAAGACAUGGGGAAAAUUGGUGCAGAGUUUCCAAAAAUAUAAGCAACUGGAGGAAGAAAACGGAACAAAUAUUGGUCAUGGCUGCAGCAUCUCUGAGCAUACCAACAUAACUUUUGUUCUAGAAAAUGUUGUUUAUUUGUACAUAAAAGUCAUAUCACAGCGCAUAAUUAAACUUUGUUUUUUUCAUUUCAUCCUCAUUGUUUCUUGUUAA